AUGGACUGGAUGGUGGGCAAACUUCUGGAUGUUAUUGACAAAGAAGGCUUGAAGAAUACCACAUUCAUUUAUUUUGCAUCUGAUCAUGGAGGAUCCUUAGAAGCUCAGAGAGGAAAUGCUCAGUUGGGUGGAUGGAAUGGGAUCUAUAAAGGUGGAAAAGGAAUGGGAGGCUGGGAAGGAGGGAUCCGUGUCCCAGGAAUAGUUAGAUGGCCAGGAGUGUUGCCUGCAGGGACAGUUACCAAUGAACUGACAAGCCUUAUGGAUGUUUUCCCAACAGUGGUUCACCUGGCUGGAGGGGCAGUGCCUCAGGACAGGGUCAUCGAUGGGCACACCUUGGUGCCUUUGCUGCGGGGGACAGUUCAGCGCUCCGGGCACGAGUUCAUGUUUCACUACUGCGGUGUGUUUCUGCAUGCAGUGCGGUGGCACCAAAAAGACAGUGGCACCGUGUGGAAGGCUCAUUACGCUACUCCAGUAUUCCAACCAGAAGCCUCUGGGGCCUGUUUUGGAAGAGGAAUUUGCCCGUGCUUUGGGGAUGGUGUAACCCAUCACGACCCUCCGCUGCUGUUCGAUCUCUCGCAAGAUCCUUCCGAGGCAAAUCCUCUCUCGGCUGACACUGAGCCCUUGUUUGACACUGUAACAAGGAGAAUAGGAAAAGCUGUCGAAGAGCAUCGCAAGACGCUGACUCCAGUCCCGCAACAGCUGUCUCCUUACAACAACAUAUGGAAGCCGUGGUUGCAGCCAUGCUGUGGCACAUUCCCAUUCUGUUGGUGCGAUGAAGAAGACAAAGCAGACGGCAUUCUUUAAUACCAAAAUCAAAGUA